AAAGCAUGACAAAGAAGUGCCCGAGUCGUUGGCAAAACAAGAUCAGGCAUCUUGUCGGAAGAAGAUGUCAAGAGCACAAGAUUCUAUCCUCAAGUACAUGGUGAAGAUCAUGGAAGUUUGUAAAGCUCGAGGUUUCGUUUAUGGUAUAGUCCCAGAGAAAGGAAAGCCUGUUACAGGCUCGUCUGAUAGUUUACGCGAGUGGUGGAAAGAAAAAGUCCGAUUCGAUCAGAAUUCUCCUCUCGCCAUUGCUGAGUUCUUGGCAGUGUUGGGGCAAGCAGCUCAUGAUCAAUCAGAUCCAAGUUCCUAUUUGCAUCUCCUUCUUGAUUUGCAAGAUACUACUUUGGGGUCCCUUCUUUCUGCCCUCAUACAACAUUGCGUCCCUCCUCAACAGAGGUUUCCCCUAGAGAGGGGCUUACCUACUCCUUGGUGGCCUACUGGGAAAUGGUGGGGUGAACAAGGAAUCUCUCAGGAACAUGGGCCACCUCCUUACAGGAAACCCCACGACCUUAAAAAGGCUUGGAAAGUGAGUUUCCUGGUAGUAGUCAUCAAGAACAUGUCUCCUAAUAUGGAGAAUAUGAGAAGGCUGGUCAGACAGUCCAAGUGUUUGCAAGAUAAGAUGACAGCUAGGGAGACUGCAACUUGGUCUAAGGUGGUCAACCAAGAGGAAGCCCUUCUACAGCUUAUCGAGAAAUGCCUCCAAAUUGAAGAUGAUGAAAAUAGAACAGAAAAGGAAGUAGAUCGGUCAAGUCUUACUUUGCACAAAGGUAAACAUUUCUACGUUAUCGACAGCUCCUAUUUAUAUACCAAUGAAAAAAGGAAGCAGAUGCUUGAUCCACAUUGUUUCUCGGUGAAAGCAUUGUAUACUCUCCAAAACUCUAGUGCGCGUUCACAAAGUGAAAUAAGUUUAGGCUCUAUGGAAAAGAAAUCGAGUACAGACCAUGAAUCCUAGUAUGUUUAUCGCACAAUGGAAGGUGAUUAUAACCAAGAAAACAAUGAUAAGCACUCGGGAUUUGCAAGAGACAUCCCCUUUUAUGAUCGUCCUUCCAAUGAUGAUACACAUUUGAUAAGUUUACCUGACUAGAUGAAUAUGGAGAUAGCACAGGCUAAUAAGAACAGUACUGCAACUGAAGUUGAAGUAGGUGAGGUGUCUGUCAAUACAAUGCAGGGAGAUUAUGCAAGCUACUGGGGAUCAGGAGGGAUUGAAGACAUAGCACCGGAUGGAGCAUUCCAGAUCCAACGAGGAAACGUGGAUUUAAAUCCCAAUCCAUCAGAAGAGAUCUUAUAUGAUCAAGUUGCAACUUCUAUUUGGGAUUUGGGACUUGAGUGGAACAAAUCUUAAACAGAAAGAUCUGUCGGUCGCUCUGCAGUUUUGUCUUCGAUACGAUUCUGCUACUUUACUUAUAAGAGAGAAGUAUACACUAUACGCAUCAAAGUUAUGGUGUUCGGGAUACAUAGCAUGUUCUUUGAUUAUGUUUCCAUUAUUAACCAUAUUCAACAAUCAACUCAUCAAUCCACACAAUCAAAGGACUUACCAUCUCAUGCAAUAGCUAGCCAACUUCUUAAAGGAAAGUCCACCACAUGCAACGGCUAGGUACUUCCCUUUUUGAUCUGAUGUACAUAUCCCUGCAUUUACAUUUUCCAUGUAUAAGUCAAUGUGUUUAACGGCAAUACACAUAUUGUAAUAUUGUACUCUACUAUAAAAUAGUCAAUAAGAAAACUC